GCUCUUAAAGUUCCAUGUGUCUUGUCCGGGGGGAUUGAAUAUUUUUCUCCUUACCAUAAUUGCACAAACUAAAGUUGGCGCAUGCGAUGGACGUCGUAUCCUUAGUAUUCUGGGCUGCCGCGCUGGAUCUCCGGCGAACUAUUGAACUCCUCUGCGAUCGCCGCUGUCCUCCUCGCAUGCCGCGGACUGGAGAGGGAAGUGCGAAGAGUGUCGUAGGGUAGCGAAGAACGGCAACCGUUCGAUGAAAUGCCUCCUCGCAUGCCGCGGACUGGAGAGGGGAGUGCGAAGAGUGUCGUAGGGUAGCGAAGAACGGCAACCGUUCGAUGAAAUGCUCGAGAGACAUGACAGUUACCGCUGACUUUAAGGAAAGCUUUUGGCUUGGGGACUAAGUUCCACAAGGGAGUUUAAAUAAUUUGAACAGCAAACUACUUCCAAUCUAUCGAAAGGCGGUGGCCCCGGUUCGAGAGAGAGUAGGAGGAGUCAGCGAGGGAUAAGCAAAUCGGUGGCGAUGGAUCCGAAGACGGACAAGCUGAUACGGAGGACUACAAUGGUGGGCACGGCCACCGCCGCCUACUUCCUUCUCACUGCCGAUUAUGGCCCCCAGGAGAAUGCCCUCGAUCCCAUAAAGAGGGCUAUAGAAUCGGUGCAAUUAUCUCUGAAGAGGUUUAUUUUUGGUCAAGACAAAAAACUACAAGAAAAUGAGAAGGAGAAAUCAAAAUAUAAUGAUGUAAAGUAGAAACAUCAUCUGUUUGGAGUAAUCCGGGUUCAACGCUAGUGUUAUUAAGUGUGGGAGACCUCUCUUGUCAUGCUUGGAGAAAAAUUCUGUAAUAUAUAUGAAAUUGUAGCAGUCCAAUAUAUGCUGUAUCAUGGAUGAUUUUGACUUCCUGUAAGCUAAGUAAUUUCGAGAUGAUGAUUUUAAUGCCUGCACACAAA